AUGAGGCGGGGACACAGAGCAUCUAGCCCUUUCUCCAACAAGCCCCAGCAAAAACAACCACAAGAAGAUGAUAAUGAAUCAGCACACCAAGACAGCACUAAGCUCGCACUUAAAGAAAUACGGUUCCGCGGACAUCCAGAUACUAUACGUAUAACUAAGAAGAAAGAGCUGGAUCCUCCUGAUACCUCAGUGAAGAAGAAACUUGAAGAGCGCCUCCCCAAUGAUCAACAUAGUUCUGAGGAUAAUGACGAACAAAUUUACGUUCCAAAUAAAUCUCGUUGGUUGAGGAUAUGCUUGGAUAAAUGGGGAGUGAAAGAUGAUGAUGCUCUUAGAUCUCAAGUGAGAGCUGCAGUCUGCAAAGCAGAUGUUACUGUAGUGGCACAUGGGAAGUUGUCGACAGUCUCUGUAAAACAAUCCAUGUUUCCAGAAGACUAUGAAGACCAUGAAAAGGCUUUUCAAGUCAUCCUAGAUAUUUUAUCGGAUAUCUCCCAACUCAAGAGUUGUGGUCUUCCUUGGUUCCAUGUGGGUUAUGGUGGAAGGAACGAAGCUGCAUAUCUUGUCGCGCAGCUUGGAGAAGAUAAAGAGUUGAAACUAAAGGAAAUUGGUGAAUCGGAGGAUUUAUGGAAUACUAUCCAUGAAGAAGUCUUUGGUCAAUAUAUCAAGAUGCCAUGGUAGAAAACAGCGAGCAGCAAGUUGAACUGCAAUUUAUGGAAGCACGACAUUUGAUGCCUUGGAAAUUUAAUAGUAUCCGAAAGUUCCAUAAAUUUUUCUUGUAAGAGCUACUAU